AGCGAAUGUAUACAAUGGAAAUAAAAAAAACAAUUAAGUUAUGAAAAACAAUAUUAAUUGCCUUUCUUUGUCGCCGCUGCAGAUAAAGAAAUGGCGGAUAUAUAGACACGAACCACUGGAGAAGCGGUUUCAUGGAUAAAAACAGAAUGAGCUGAUAGUUCCAGUGGUCUUUCAGAAGAGGUGGCAGAAGAGAGAGGCUGACCGGAAGAUGCCAAGAAGAAAACAACAGAAUCCUCAACCUGUCAAGUUGGAUUCUGAAGAUGGUGUAUUAACCAUUGUAGCUCCAGGAAGCCUGACCUUGAAGGCAGAUUUCCUUCUGGGACACGACCUUGAGUUUGGUGACCCCGGCCAUGACAAGAUCCUAGGCUUGGACGACAAGUACUCAGACUCUGUAGCGGCUGAGAUCGGCUUCUCUGUGUACCCUCUGGGGGAUGAGGAAGAGAGUUGUGCCUUCAGCCGUCUCAGUAUGGAGAGUGACGCAGAUGAGCCCCGCACCGCCACCGAGAGCUGCAGGGACCAGGAGGAUGGUCCAACCUCCCAGCCCGACCUCGAGCCCCCCUUCCCCCCCUACCUGUCCUGCCGGGGCUGUGGUCUGGAUCUGGUGGGACCGUACUGCCACCGCUGCUGCAAGGGAGGAGGAGGGGGUGGGGAAUUCAGCGGCGCGUUCGGUGGCUUUCGCUCCGGUUCGCGGUCACAAGCGGACGAUAGCGAGGAAGGAGGGGAUGUAACGGACGACAACUCCAUAAUGGGUGACGACGGUCCCAACUCCAAGCUCCACUCCUGCCAGUUGUGUGGGUUCUCCUCACGCUAUGCCAAUCACGUCAAGAGGCACAUGAAGACUCACAACGGGGAGAAGCCGUACCACUGUCCCCUGUGUACCUACGCCUCGGCCCAGCUGGUCAACCUGCAGAGACACCUGAGGAUUCACACUGGGGAGAAACCAUACAGGUGUGACUGCUGCUCCUUCGCCUGCAGUUCCCUAGGCAACCUGAAGAGGCAUCAGAGGAUGCAUGUGGCUGGACAGCCGGGACAGGGGGCGGGACAGGAAGCAGUGAGACCUGCCUGCGGAUCUCCUAUUGAUCCCUCUACUGUUGGUCCUCUUGCUAGUGGCCCUCCUGCUGUUGGUCCUCCUGCUAGUGGCCCUCCUGCUGUUGGUCCUCCUGCUAGUGGCCCUCCUGCUGUUGGUCCUCCUGCUAGUGGGCAUGGUCUUAAGAGGAAGGAGGAGCCCAGUGCUUCAGCUGAAGAAGUGGUGAGGUCUGAUCUAAACCUCCACAACAGAGACUACCUGCCACGCUACAGCAGACUAAGGUUACAACCACCACUGGAGCAACAGCCCCCAAGACUUCUUGAGGGGCCUGGACUUGGGGCUAGGACUUUAGGAAGGUGUUUGACUGGGUCUAGGUCUGGAGUCAGACCUGCGGUGAAGUCAGAGGAGACACACAGAGACUCUCUCCUUCCUCUGUUCUUCCCCUAUACCUGUCGUCUCUGUGGUACCCCCCUGGAGGACGAGGACGGUUCCACUGCACAGAUCUGUGCCAAAUGCACCCUGGACAUGCUGACCAAGGAGUCAUCUGGCCCCAACAGCCCCGGAGAGCGCGGGGACAAGGUCUACACCUGCAGUGCCUGUCCCUUCCUCACCCACUACCCCAACCACCUGGCGCGACACAUGAAGACGCACAGCGGAGAGAAGCCGUACAAGUGCCCUCAGUGCGACUACGCCUCCGCCCACUUCGACAACCUGAAACGCCAUCACCGCGUGCACACGGGCGAGAAGCCGUACAAGUGCCACCUGUGUGACUACGCCUGUGGGAACCUGGCUAACUUAAAACGUCACCAGCGGGUCCACUCGGGUGCCAAGCCGUUCCAGUGCGCCGUGUGUAGCUACAGCUGUAACCAGAGUAUGAAUCUGAAGAGACACAUGCUGAGACACACGGGAGAGAAGCCUUAUAAGUGCCAGCAGUGUGGCUACACCACGGGACACUGGGACAACUACAAACGACACCAGAAGAAACAUGGCCUCGCCACCGACGGAUGGGUCAAAGUUCAGAUGUCCGGCGGGGGUGAGGAAGAGGGGGGUGAGGAAGAGGAUGAGGAAGAAAGGGUGGCGGGACAGCCGCAGAGGAAAGAGGAAGAGGCGGUGAUGCAGUAUAUGUCCAGAUAGGAGAGGAACAGAGCUGUACCACAGAACAUGGGAAAUGACAGCUUAAACUACCAGCAAAAUCCUAGAUUUUCUGUUGUUGUUGUUUUUGUCAAUGAUUUCUCUGCAGCUGCUAUGUAGAAUCAUGCACAAUUCUAGAAUCAUGCACAAUUCUAGAAUCAUGCACAAUUCUAGAAUCAUGCACAAUUCUAGAAUCAUGCACAAUUCUAGAAUCAUGCACAAUUCUAGAAUCAUGCACAAUUCUAGAACAUGGUGAUUAUUAGUGGAAAUGUUUGAUGCCUUUUGGACAGAAAGUAAAGGAGGGUGAAGGAAGGUUGCUGCUGUGUUGCCAGAUGAAUGGACUGGGAUGAGGGUUCUACUUUAACGUCUGCAACUAAAUGCUGCCUGCAUUGUCCACCAUAUGCUGUUCUCUCCCCCCCCCCCCCCCCAACACAUACCAACAGUGCCGUAUAUAUCCUAACUUCAUUUACAUUAUGCCUUACAACCCACAUUUCAGUUGUCCUAUUGACUAGGUAUGCAUCUCCUCUAACCAGUCUGCUAUUCCAUCUCCUCUAACCAGUCUGCUAUUCCAUCUCCUCUAACCAGUCUGCUAUUCCAUCUCCUCUAUACUCUCCACCUACCAGUCUGCUAUUCCAUCUCCUCUAGUCUCCACUUACCAGUCUGCUAUUCCAUCUCCUCUAACCAGUCUGCUAUUCCAUCUCCUCUAUACUCUCCACCUACCAGUCUGCUAUUCCAUCUCCUCUAUAGUCUCCACUUACCAGUCUGCUAUUCCAUCUCCUCUAACCAGUCUGCUAUUCCAUCUCCUCUAUACUCUCCACUUACCAGUCUGCUAUUCCAUCUCCUCUAACCAGUCUGCUAUUCCAUCUCCUCUACUCUCCACCUACCAGUCUGCUAUUCCAUCUCCUCUAACCAGUCUGCUAUUCCAUCUCCUCUAUACUCUCCACCUACCAGUCUGCUAUUCCAUCUCCUCUAUAGUCUCCACUUACCAGUCUGCUAUUCCAUCUCCUCUAACCAGUCUGCUAUUCCAUCUCCUCUAUAGUCGCCACUUACCAGUCUGCUAUUCCAUCUCCUCUAUAGUCUCCACCUACCAGUCUGCUAUUCCAUCUCCUCUAACCAGUCUGCUAUUCCAUCUCCUCUAUACUCUCCACCUACCAGUCUGCUAUUCCAUCUCCUCUAACCAGUCUGCUAUUCCAUCUCCUCUAUACUCUCCUCCUACCAGUCUGCUAUUCCAUCUCCUCUAUACUCUCCACUUACCAGUCUGCUAUUCCAUCUCCUCUAACCAGUCUGCUAUUCCAUCUCCUCUAUACUCUCCACCUACCAGUCUGCUAUUCCAUCUCCUCUAUAGUCUCCACUUACCAGUCUACUAUUCCAUCUCCUCUAACCAGUCUGCUAUUCCAUCUCCUCUAUACUCUCCACUUACCAGUCUGCUAUUCCAUCUCCUCUAUACUCUCCACUUACCAGUCUGCUAUUCCAUCUCCUCUAUAGUCUCCUCUUACCAGUCUGCUAUUCCAUCUCCUCUAUACUCUCCUCCUACCAGUCUGCUAUUCCAUCUCCUCUUACCAGUCUGCUAUUCCAUCUCCUCUUACCAGUCUGCUAUUCCAUCUCCUCCUACCAGUCUGCUAUUCCAUCUCCUCCUACCAGUCUGCUAUUCCAUCUCCUCUAUAGUCUCCUCUUACCAGUCUGCUAUUCCAUCUCCUCUAACCAGUCUGCUAUUCCAUCUCCUCUAUACUCUCCACCUACCAGUCUGCUAUUCCAUCUCCUCUAACCAGUCUGCUAUUCCAUCUCCUCUAUACUCUCCACCUACCAGUCUGCUAUUCCAUCUCCUCUAUACUCUCCACCUACCAGUCUGCUAUUCCAUCUCCUCUAACCAGUCUGCUAUUCCAUCUCCUCUAUACUCUCCACUUCAUCAUCCAUAGCUUCUAUCUUCCUCAACCCCCCCUCUCCCCCAUAAUCCUCCUCAACCCCCCCGUCUCUCUCCAUAAUAACCCUCAACCCCACCCCCCUCUCCAUAAUAACCCUCAACCCCCCCCCCCUCCUCACUGUCUCUCUCCCCAUGACAACCCACCCCCCUCCUCGCUCUCUCUCUCUCUCUCUCCCCCCAUGACAACCCUCAACCCAACCUCUCCCCCACCUGUUACUUCUGUAAGAAUAAGGAGUCAUGUCUGCUCUAUUCAUGGUAUUUCUAUCUGGCUACUGAACCUGGUGUGAUCUCUAACGGUGUGUGGAUUUAGCCUGGUCCCAGAUCUGUUUGUGCUUUUCUUCAUAACCAACUAGGACGGUCAAUGACCAUAGGAGUUGACAAGACAGCCCUAACAGAUCUGGGACCAGGCUAGGUAAUGACAAGACAGCCCUAACAGAUCUGGGACCAGGCUAGGUAAUGACAAGACAGCCCUAACAGAUCUGGGACCAGGCUAGGUAAUGACAAGACAGCCCUAACAGAUCGGGGACCAGGCUAGAUAAUGACAAGACAGCCCUAACAGAUCUGGGACCAGGCUAGGUAAUGACAAGACAGCCCGAACAGAUCUGGGACCAGGCUAGGUAAUGACAAGACAGCCCUAACAGAUCUGGGACCAGGCUAGGUAAUGACAAGACAGCCCGGGGACCAGGCUAGGUAAUGACAAGACAGCCCGGGGACCAGGCUAGGUAAUGACAAGACAGCCCGAACAGAUCUGGGACCAGGCUACGUAAUGACAAGACAGCCCUAACAGAUUUGGGACCAGGCUAGGUAAUGACAAGACAGCCCUAACAGAUCUGGGACCAGGCUAGGUAAUGACAAGACAGCCCUAACAGAUCUGGGACCAGGCUAGGUAAUGACAAGACAGCCCUAACAGAUCUGGGACCAGGCUAGGUAAUGACAAGACAGCCCUAACAGAUCGGGGACCAGGCUAGAUAAUGACAAGACAGCCCUAACAGAUCUGGGACCAGGCUAGUGUUGCUUUGGAAACGCUGUGAUCAUAUUAACUGUGAAGUUAGCCCAUUGUUACGUCCUUAUGUCUGUUUUUACUUGAAGCAAGGAUACAUCCCAAAUGGCACCCUAUUCCCUAUGGGCCUAGUUUAAACAGUGCAUUAUAAAGGGAAUGGCUCCCUAUGGGCCUUGUUUAAACAGUGCACUAUAAAGGGAAUGGCUCCCUAUGGGCCCUGUUUAAACAGUGCAUUAUAAAGGGAAUGGCUCCCUAUGGGCCCUGUUUAAACAGUGCACUAUAAAGGGAAUGGCUCCCUAUGGGCCCUGUUUAAACAGUGCACUAUAAAGGGAAUGGCUCCCUAUGGGCCCUGUUUAAACAGUGCACUAUAAAGGGAAUGGCUCCCUAUGGGCCCUGUUUAAACAGUGCACUAUAAAGGGAAGCGGGUGCCAUUUGAGAUGGAACCCAAGACGACGUGUAAAGUUGAAGCAUGAUCUGAUUAGUGUGAACUAAGUAUAUAGCUUUUUGUGAUUGUAUUUCCUCAUUAGAAGUGCUUUUAAAAAAUAUAUAAACUUUGUUUUUUUCCAUCUCGAAGAAUGUGAUGUUUUCAGUGGUAUUAAGUUUGUUAUAAAUGGGACAAAUAUACAAGAACUUUACAAAUCUUAUCAAGUGAAUUACUAUAUGCAGUAAAAAAGAAAGUCGUUUUAAAAGAAAUGAUGGAACAGAGUUUGAAGCACCUUGUCCAGUGUAGGGAAAUGUUCUGUGUGUGUAGAAGACGGGUGUAUUCAUUCCACUGAUUCUGUUGCAAAAUGUUUCGACCUACCUGAAUUUGUCCAAUAGAAACUGUUUGUUUUUUCCCCGUCCAUUUCAAUUCAGGCAGUAAAAUGAAAUAACAAAUGUUCCUUCAUUAUACCAACCAGGAUAAUUGAAAUGUCAAAAUCCCAAACAUGGCAGAAUUACAGCCAGGUCUUUUUGUGUUGCGAUUUAAAAAAGGAAAGAUUCACUCAUUUUUUGGAAUGUCAUUGUUCUUGUGCAUCUCUGAACGAUGUUCGUAUCGGAGUUAUUGAACCGGGAGAAAUAGGGCUGGUAUGACAAGUCGAGUCAGAACAUCGCUCAGAUGCAAAAAAAAAAAAAAAAAGUCAAAAUGGGUGAAUCUUUCCUUUAAGUUGGUUUUAUAAUGGGACAAACAUACAAGGACAGUGAAUUAUUACUACCUACAUUAGUCCCCUGAGUGUAACUAUUGUUCUUAUGCAGUGGUUUCAGAAUUGCCUUAAGUCUUUUGAAAUAAACAUGGACUUUGUUCACUCAGUGUGA